UUUUCUAUCUAAAAAGUUCUAUAAUAAAUGUAUUAAAUGUUAACUUAAUGUUAAAAAAUGUUGGGUUUGAUAUUAAUAUCAUAUUUUGUCGGAGUUUGGGGUUCACCCGAUGACAGACUCUCCAUUAGUGGCGGUUAUAAUGCCACCAAAGGCGAAUUUCCCUAUAUAGUCACUAUUCAAGAAUGUCCUUUGUACCCAGAAUGUAUCCAGUUGUGUAAUGGAGUUAUUAUUUCAAAAAGCUGGAUCUUAACAUCUGGACAUUGCGUUGAUUUGUUCGUUGAAGGCAUAUGGAAAGAGGUUUAUGCAGGAAUAACAAAUCUUGACGAUCCGAAUAAACAAAAUAGAAGUGUGGAAAAAUCCUUUUACCACGAAAAUUUAAAUAAAACGUAUCCCAGACAAUUUGAUAUUGGUCUUGUAAAAGUAACCAAGCCAUUUGAGUUUAAUGAGUUAGUUCAAGCCGCCAAAUUACCUAAACAGGAUGCAGAGGUCUUAUUAGAAGAAGGACAUUUAGCUGGAUGGGGAAAAACCCAUCCGAGCGAUAAAAAUUUUCCAAAAAAUUUACAAGCCGUCGAAGUACCUGUUAUUGACUUUCAAGAUUGCGUUAACGAAUAUACCAAACACGGCGUAGAAAUGCCCGACUACAAUAAUUCUGCAAUUUGUACUGGUCCUAUGGGCGAAGGAAAAGGAGCUUGUAACCUAGAUUAUGGAGGACCCUUUCAGCAGGAUAAUCUUGUCGUUGGAAUUGUUUCUGGCAUUAUCCAAUGCAGCCCAACAGGCGGUCUGACGUUAUAUACCAAGACCAGUUCAUACAUAUCCUGGAUUUCUGAACAUAUAGAUGAAGAAUUGACAUUUUAACAUAAUUUUAGUUUUAAAAUCAUACGAACAUAAUUUUAUUCAUAAAUAAAAUAGGUAUUUAAAGAUAACUCGCACGUAAUUUCUAUAUUGUUCACUUUCACAAAAUAAAUUAUUGGUAGAAUUAAAUGGACAUUUAUUCCAUAAAAUAGGAUGGUGAUCUUCCUACCAUUUAGAGUGUACUAUGUCAUGUAAUUACUUUCAACUUGAAGGACCAGCCACUGGCCUGAGAAAUCAGAAAACAAGCAGUUUAAACAAUACAUAAUUUAAUAAUUGAAAGUUACUACAAAUAAAUUAAUAUCUAGCCAAAGUUUUAGCACAAGUUCUUAUAUUGAAACCACCGAUUACUAUCCACCAUACACUAGUCCACGACACACUUCACAAGCUUUUGUAUACUUGCCACAAUUUAUUAGGAAUUCAGGGUGAAUUUUAUUAAAUCCUGGUGCUUUUGCUAGCUUAACGUCUUUAAGAGCCUCUGAUAUGUCUUCGCUGGUAAAGGGGAGGGAAUGCUCCGUUUCUGUGGCUACAUGUUUUAAAGUUUUGUUCUCUCUUUAUGUAAAUGGUGUAUGCUUUAUCCUUUGGUGCCCUGUAUGUUUUUACUAUAAUACCUGUCUGCUUGAUUUCUGGAAGUUUAGACUUUCUACCCUUUCGGUCCACUUUUGGCCUCUAGUGGCGUCUAGGCUGUACAGUAGUUCAUCCACUAUUUCUUGGUCGCCAGUUUCAAGAAAGCUCUGAUAUCGUUUCUCGCUAUUUUUCGACCAGCCACGGAUAUAUUCUUUGCGACAGC